AUGGAUUCCGGAAAGAAAAUAUUCACAGUAAGUGGUGCUUCUAUAUUUGAAUCAGGAGAACCACAUCCUGGCAAGUUACAUAUGAAAGAUCAAAAAGGCAUCAUAUCAUUUCAAUGGAUACCUGAUAAAUGCGAUAAUUUAAAUCUUGAUACAGACAAUAUUGAAGGAUCACAAAUUUUCAUAUUCUUACAUUUACUUAAGAAAAUAACCAGAACUAUUGGCGAAAACAAUUCUACAAUAAUUCGAUUCCUCGUUCCAGAUUCUCGCGCAAAUGUCACUUUCACUUUCCCAGAAUCUGAAAUAGCAUCAAUAGAACAAAUGUUUACAUAUCUUGUAUCACAAAAUUCUGUUGUUCCUGUUCAAAACGAUCCAACAUCGUUCAACAUCAACAUUGAGAUAGAAAAAACUCUUAGUUGCCCAGAUAAAUUUAUUCUUUACAACAAUGUUGCCUAUCUUCAAGCAAACAGUGUAUCCAUUUCUAAGCUUCUGGAAGAUUCAAAAGAAAUUGAUAAAAAUCCUAUUACAAAACAACAGUUUGAACAAUACUUUGAUGCAUCUGGUCAUCUAA